AUGCUCGCCCGUGCUACCUUCCGCGCCGCCUCGGCCCCAACUCUCGUCGCCCGCCGCGGCUUCCAAUCCACCCGCGCCCAGCUCGGCAGCCCAUACCACUACCCCGAGGGCCCGCGCAGCAACUUGCCCUUUGACCCGCUGAAGAGGGGCUUCGCAUUCAAGUACUGGGGCUUCAUGGCUACCGGAUUCUCCCUUCCCUUCCUCCUUGCUGUUUGGCAAACCAAGAAGAACAAAUAAAUGCAUUCACCUGGAGCGUGGACAUGGCUUUCGGACAUUGGACGGACAGGGCAUCUGUAGAAGAUCAGAGAGUCUUUCGGACGGAUAUAUAGACAUUACAGCAUCAAUUUCAUUGUCUGUCUCUCA